AUUUCUUUGAGUAAACAAAACUGCCACAGAAUUUUAAAAAGAUGGAAAUUCAGUCCUCAACUAUCAAUUAACAAGAUCUUAUCACUCACAUAUAUAAGCUAGCAAAAAAGUGACUCAAAUAGUUAUGGCAUCCUCAUCAUCUUGCCUGUUUUCUCCUUCGUCUCCUCAAUUGCUUCUCAGGGUUCACUCUAAUGCCUCUCUUCAAACACUCAAGGGGUCAUCACAGUAUUUUAAAGCACGCAGUGGCUGUUUUGAUGUUAAACUGAAUGAGAGCUUUCGGAGUUCUAGGCUGAAUAUUGCUUAUGCAAUGAAUAUGGCUGCUGGACAGUCAGGUGAACCUGAGAACUUCAGUUUUGACUAUAUUAAAGACAAAGGAAAACAACUGUGGGACAGUUCUCCCCAGCCAGUCAAGAGCUUCCCGUGGAACAGAGUGUUCGAGAACUUCAUUCAACUCAUCCUUGAUCUUGUUGUGGCAGUUAUCAAAUACUUAUCUGUACCUUUACUGGCAGUUUCUUCUCUUAGCGAGAUGUCAUAUUGUGCACACAACAAGAAGUUGUUUUUUGUCCCUUUCCCUCUUCUCAUUGGCUUCACUGUGGCUGGAGUCCUAAAAGAGACUGCCUUGGAACUGUCUCCACUUCUCAAGGAUGCAGAAGUUCCGUGGCAUCUGAUUGCCAUUGCAGUAAUUUUCACGUUGAUUAAGUUGCCUGGUCCAUAUUACCCAGGCUGGGGACGCAUAUUUAUUCCACACUUUGCGAAUGGGGUAUUAUGGAGAACUAUAUGGUCUGCAUUUUUGUGGUAUAGAAGACCAGAAAAGGCAUCAGGAGCAAUGGGAGCGGAAGAUCUAGUAAAUGGGGGUCAUUCUGAAACUAACAAAAGCUAAUUUCAUGAGUGAAUCAAGAUUGAGGUCAGACAUCAAGCUAAUUUAGAAGAAAGAACUACUCAGUUGAUACCGAAUCAGAUCGAUUUAGAAGAAAGAACUUCUCAAGGUCUGUAGUGGUUCAGAUGAAUGGUAUGAAGGGAUUCGCACCUUUGUUCACAAGUUUUGAUCCCAAAUUGUAAACAGAGUUUCUGUAAUGUUUUUUAAGUAACCCCAUCUCUUCUUUUUUAA